GUAAAUUAACUGCUUUAACUUAUUAUUUUCUGUGAUUAACGAUACUAUUCCAUAAAAUGGCAACAAGAUACUUGACAGAGCUGUUUUCAUUAAUGAGAAACUCCCAUAGCUAUAGAAAUACUAAUUUUUCACGAGGAGGCGAUAGUGAACGACUUUUAAAGAGAAAGAAUUCAGGAUCUGACGAAGAAGUAGAAUUGAAUGAUGAGUACGUGUCUCCACCAAUUUGGGCAGAUACAGUUGAAAAUACAAAAUAUACAAUAUCGAAGAUAGCCACAAAGCAGCAGGAACUGGAAGUGCUUCAUAAGAAACUUUUACGUCCAGAUUUCGUGGAGAAGAGUGACGAUGAGAUUAUGAUGGAACAAUUAGGACAAGAGAUUGCAAAGUUGAUAGGAAUAGCACAUAAGAAUAUCUUAGUCAUCAAAUCUCAUCAAUAUUCUACAAGUAGUGCACUUGAGAGGAAAUUAAUUGAGAAUAUCGUGAGAGGACUCAUCUUUACACUCCAGAAUCAAACAGCUAAUUUUAGAAGUGAACAGAACUGUUACUUAAAGCAAAUUAAUCAGAUGGGAGAAUAUACGAAUGACUUUUUUGAUUCUCUUAAUUUUAAUGGAAAUGGAACUGACAGAACUUCCGUUGACUCAUUUGACAAUUUCUUAAAACCAACAGCAUCGACCACAUUUAAUCAAAGUCAAUUAGACGAUUUAGAUAAUGACGAUCGACUAGAUGAAUAUUUCCAAAUUAAACCGAAUCAAAAGUUCGGUCAACAGCAGUUACUAAAAUUCGAAAUAGACAAUACAAAAGUAGUAGAAGCAAGAGAAAAGGAAGUUAUGACUAUAGUUAAAUCAAUCGUCGAUCUCAAUCAAAUUUACAAGGAUCUCUCAAAUUUAGUCGAAGAGCAAGGCACUGUAUUAGAUAGAAUCGAUUAUAAUAUUGAAUCAACACAGACAAAAGUGUAUGAAGGCUACAAACAGCUUCAAAAGGCCGAGAGAUAUCAACGUGCAAACCGAAAAAUGUACUGCAUAUUCAUGUUAUCGAUCGUAACAUUAUUUAUGAUAAUUUUGCUUAUCAUUGUGAAAUUUUAAGAAUCAUUCCUCCCAAUAUAUAAUGUAUACAUGUAUAUUUAUGUCACAUUAUGGUCUACUUACCUAGUCUCAUAAAACUCUUAUUUAUUGAUAACAUAUUGUGAAGAAAUAAAAGCCAAACAAGCAAG